GGUCUAGCGGCUCAACCCUCGACAUCGCACAGGGCAUGUGGAAGUAGUGAGCCGGCCCAACAUGCGAGUCAUCCCGUGUCUGCUCUUCGUGCUCCUCGCCAAAGAUGUGCGGGGCGAGGCACGCGGGCCUGUUUUCGUUUUGGAGCCGCCGCACAAACUGGACUUUUCCAACUCGAGCGGCGGCUGGUUGGACUGCUCGGCCGCCGGACAACCGGCGCCCAUGAUCACGUGGCUUGCGGCCGACGGUUCGCCGGCCAUGGAGGUGCCAGGGGUGCGACGCAUUCUGCUCAACGGCACCCUCGUCCUGCUGCCCUUUCCGGCGGCCGCCUUCAGACAGGACGUCCACAGCACCACCUACCGCUGCCUGGCGGAGAACUCGGCCGGACGCGUCGUGUCCAGGACUGUCCAAGUCAGGGCAGUUGUGUCCCAGGCGUACCAGGCCCUGGCCGAGGCGGUGCCCGCCGUCAGGGGCUGCACGGCCAUCCUCAGGUGCGUGUUGCCCAGUUUCGUCAAAGAGUUCGUCAGGAUCGUCUCCUGGCUGCAGGAACCCUCCUUUUACAUCUACCCCUCUCUGCAAGGAGAUGGGAAAUUUCACAUGCUGCCCACCGGCGAGCUGUUGAUCCACGGGGUUGACAGCAACGACCAGUACCCUAGCUACAGAUGCAGGACGAUGCACAGACUUACGCGGCAGGUCGUCACCAGCAGCUCAACGCUCAUCAGAAUCAUUCCAGAGAACCGGAUGCCGGUGCCGCCUCUGAUUGUGGAGCACAGCGCCACUGUCCAUGUGGUCCAGGACGAGGGCGCGGUGCUGGUGUGCGCCGCCCAGGGCUGCCCGGCCCCCGACAUUCGGUGGUAUCGCAUACCAACUUCAGGUCGUCAGCCCCUGUCAAUUCCGUCAGGUGAAGUGGGAGGCAGGGCGCGCGCCAUCGGGCCUCUGCUGGCCCUGGAGGGCGCCGGCCCCGAGGACGCAGGAAUGUACCGCUGCUCGGCCAACAACUCUGCGGGGGCGGCGGGGGCGGAGCUGCGUCUGGUCGUCAGCACCCCGCUCAGGGUUAACCUUUCGCCAGGGGUGCAGACCGUCGAGUUGGGCGCCACUGCCGAGUUCCACUGCGACGCUGGACCGGAGGAGGCCGUGGCCGGAAUCACUUGGCUCAAGGAUGGCCGCCUCGUGGCCGGUGGCACUGGCCGCCGAUUGUUGGUGCGGCCAGUACGAAGGGAGGACAAGGGCAUGUACCAGUGCGUGGCGCGAUCUGAUGAGGGCGUCACCGCCCAGGCCGCCGCCGAACUCACUUUGGGAGACGCACCUCCGUCGCUUCUGUACAGCUUCAUCGAGCAAACAAUGCAGCCGGGGCCGUCCGUUUCAUUGAAAUGCAGCGCUGCAGGUAAUCCAACGCCAAGCAUCGAAUGGAGACUGGACGGAUUCGCUCUGCCACCAACAGACAUUGCAAACAGGAUCCACAUUGGGCAGUACGUGACGGUGCACGGCGACGUGAUCAGCCACAUCAACAUCAGUCACGUGGCUGUGGAGGACGGCGGCGAGUACUCGUGCUCGGCGAAAAACCGCGCGGGCGGAGCGUCGCACGCUGCGCGCCUCAACGUCUACGGCCUGCCGUACGUGCGGCCCAUGCCCAAGGUGACGGCCGUCGCCGGCGAGACCCUCUACAUCAAGUGCCCCGUCGCCGGAUACCCCAUCGAGGACAUCCGCUGGGAGCGCAAUGGUCGUGAGCUGCCGGUGGACUUGCGGCAGAAGGUGUUCCCGAACGGCACCUUGGCCAUCAGACACGUGCAGAAACCGACGGACGCCGGCAUGUACACGUGCACGGCGCGCAACAAGCAGGGCCACAGCUCCCGUCGCAACGGCGAAAUCACCGUGAUCGUCCCGCCAAAAAUUAGCCCCUUCUCGGUGGAGCGGAGUUUCCAUCUGGGCGAACGAGCCACCCUGACGUGCUCGGUGGUGCGCGGCGACCCGCCCCUGGUCAUCACCUGGCUGCGCGACGGAAGCACCCUUUCGCCCUCCACUGUGUCUAUUAAUCAGGUGGAUCCGUUUAACAGCAUCCUGCUGAUCGAGAGCCUCUCGCCGGAGCACAACGGCAACUAUUCGUGCCGCGCCAGCAACCAGGCCAGCACCGUCACCCACACACAGAGAAUCACAGUCAAUGUUCCGCCGAGCAUUGAGCCGUUCUCGUUCCAAGAGGGCCUGUCCGAGGGCAUGCGGACGCGCACCAUUUGCGGGGUGUCGAGCGGCGAUCCGCCCAUUUCCGUUACUUGGCUCAAAGACGGUGCUCCCAUUGCCAAUGACAAUCUAGUCAACGUGUCCACCCUUGACUCCUUCUCUAGCUUGCUCAAUAUCAAACAACUCGUCGCUCAACACUCGGGCGAUUACACUUGCGUUGCCUCCAACCUGGCUGCGGUAGUCAGAUUCACGGCCACUUUGAGCGUCAAAGUUCCUCCCAAAUGGGUGGUCGAGCCGGUGGACACGAACGCUCCGAGGGGUCGGCACGUCAUGAUCCAGUGCCAGGCAGACGGCGUGCCCACUCCCACCGUCACUUGGAAAAAGGCCAGAGGUAGCAAAUCUGGCGAUUACGAAGAGCUGCGAGGCGGCUCGUCUACGUGGGGCGCCCAAUACAAGCUGCUUAGCAACGGUUCGCUUUUGCUGCAGCACGUGAAAGAGGACCAUGAGGGCUUCUACCUGUGCCAGGCCAGCAACGGGAUCGGCGAGGGAAUUGGCAAAGUGAUCCAGCUGCACGUCAACUCGGCCCCAUAUUUCGCCGUCCAGUCCAAGCUAGUGUCAGUCAGGAAGGGCGAGACCGCAGAACUGAAGUGCGACGUGAGUGGCGACGCGCCUAUCAAUGUUGUCUGGCUCAAAGGAAAGGAAAUCGUCGCGGCCUCAAGCAAUUACAGGUAUAAUACGAAGCAAGAGAUGAUUCCCUCAGGGGUGUCGUUCACCCUUCAAAUCAUGUCUGCCGAAGGGUCGGACGCCGGUUCGUACUACUGCCAGGCCACAAACGUAUACGGCCGGGACCAACAACUGGUGCAGCUCGCCGUGCAAGAGCCACCGGCAAGUCCGAAUGCUGUGGAAAUGAUCAUGGUGAGCAGUCGCUCGUCUAGUGUCCAAUGGAAGCCGGGGUCAGCGGGAGACGUGACUCAGUACUUUGUUCAAUACCUCCAGGAGGGCAUUCCCUGGGACCAGGCCAGGGUCAACACGGUCUCAGGAGGCGCACAUAGCAUAGUCCUUGAGCCCCUACAACCUGCCACAAGGUAUAUCGUCAGGGUAACUGCUCAGGGUCCUGCCGGACGCAGUGCGCCAAGCCCUGACCUCAGGUUUACAACUCAGGCCCAGAAGCCUGCAGGUCCUCCCCUACAGGUCAGCGUCACUGCCCUCUCAUCUACAACUGUGGUUAUUUCGUGGUCCCCUCCACGCCAGGAACUGCAACAUGGCACCAUCUCAGGGUACAACGUAGGAGUAAAGUUAGCCAGUGGUGCUUCAAACGGCUUCAACUUCACUUCGGUGCCUGUUGAUACGGAGGAAGGUCGUGGAACCUUGCUCGUCUCAAACCUGAGGAAAUUCAGUCGCUACCUGGUUGUGGUCCAGGCCAUCAAUCAGGAAGGCGCGGGACCUCUAUCAGAACCCGUGGCAGCCACAACAUUGGAAGAUGUUCCCUCAAAGCCUCCUCAGGACGUUCGUUGCGUGGCCCUUUCCCCCCAAUCCAUUCAGGUUUCAUGGCAACCACCUCCCUCCGCCAACAUUCAUGGCCUUCUUCAGGGCUAUAAACUGAUUUACGAACUUGCCGAGCUGGCCAGCACCCACGCGUCGUCGGCACCUGAGAGCAGGCAAACGACCGCCCUGACAAUCGUGCUUCAGGGUCUGGCCAGGCACUCAAAUUAUACCGUGCAAGUGGCAGCAAUCACUGGAAUUGGAGACGGACCGCUUUGCAGGCCAAUUUAUUGCAAGACGGCCGAGGAUGUUCCUGGUGCUCCUAGAGAUAUUAAAGUGAUAGCAAGCGGUCCUCAGACCCUGCUGGUUUCAUGGCUGCCCCCAUCCACUCCCAGAGGCUCAAUCACAGGCUACACUCUGCACACCAGACUGCUUCUCCCAGGGUCUCAACAGGCUCCGUCGGAUAUGCAGCCUUCGCCUAGAGCGCUGCCUCCGGGAGCAAACAGUUUUGAGCUGAAUGGCCUCAGGACAGGCGUUGAGUACCAGUUUUGGGUCAGCGCAUCAACCAGAGUAGGUGAUGGACCUGGCUCAAGAAUUGUUUCAUCCGUGCCAAGUGGCAGAGUUCCUGCCAAAAUUGCAUCCUUUGGUCAGCAAAUCAUCCAGCCGUGGCGGACGUCUGUCACUUUGCCGUGCAUUGCCGUCGGGCUGCCUACAUUCAGUCGGGAAUGGUCAAAAGGGAACAGUCUGCUGUCCAGAGAUGAGGCAUCAAGGGCCUACAUCACAGAUUCAGGGGCUCUUAGAAUUGACAGCAUUACCAGGGACGACGAGGGAAACUACAGCUGUCACGUUCAUAAUUCUGAGGGCGCAGACCGGAUUCUGUACAAAAUAACAGUCCAAGUUCCACCGGCUGCUCCGAGUCUUUACAUCAGUGGAAGCACCUCCAGCAGUGUCGUUUUGCACUGGAAGGCUGGAGACACAGGUGGAGCACCUCUGACUGGCUUUUCUCUGCACUUCCGACCCACAAAUGGUGACUGGGAAGAAUUAUCACUGCCAAGAUACAUUAACACUUAUGAAUUAAAGGACUUGCGUUGCGGAAGCGAGUACCAGAUUUUCUUGACCGCUCAUGGACUCGUGGGCAGUAGUCCUGCCUCCUCUCAAGUGACAGUGCGCACUCAGGGUAGCGUCCCUGGCCGUCCACCGCUCUCAGCCAACAGUCAAAUUGUCCAAUCAAAUUCUACCUCAGUUUUAGUGCGUCUGCACAACUGGCCAGACGGUGGCUGUCCACUCAGUAAAUUUGAACUCUUUUACAAACAGGCAGGCUCGGACCACUGGAACACAGUUUUAGGAAACAUGCAGCACCUUCAGCGGAGGCACCUGAUUUUUGGUUUGUCACCUGCAACCAUGUACGACCUGAAAGUCGUUGCCUUCAAUGUUGCUGGCCAGUCAGCAAAUGAAUUUUCUUUCACCACUCUCACUUUAGAAGGAGAAAUGGCGUCGCCAGAACUGAUUCAAAAGAACAUGGGCCAGAAACCAUUUUACACAGAAAUGAAAAUCGUGCUUCCUCUUUUGGCCGCGUUUUUGGCAGUGAUCAGUGCAGCAGUCGCCUUUUGCUUGUGUUGGAAAAACAAAGGUGACCCUCAGGGUGGCAAAGAGUGUCAGGAUGAGCGGGACAACAAACACAACUCGGAGCACCAACGGGAGCAGUACUACGCCACCAUUCACAAAGCAGCUCUGCAGGCGGCGGACAAGAUUCCUGAAAGCGCCGAGGAUAUUUCUCCAUAUGCGACCUUCCACCUGGCCGAGACGGUGCCAAGACACGCGCAACCUUCUCCAGGAAGCCUCCUGCACUCUUUCAUCUACCACGAGCAGGCCACAACGGAAGGGUGCGCCUCUCCCCCAUCGCACUCGGUAAUGAAUGUUUACGGGAAGAGGAGGCGGUCGGGCAGCAUAGCCGGCAACUCUGCCAGACUGACGAUCAAAGGCAAGAAGGGGUUUGACAGCGAAGAGUACAACAGCCCUUCAGACUCUGACCCUGACCAGGUCAUCUCCAGCAGGACUGAAUCUUCCAAUCAGCUCGACGGUCGCCAGAGACCAACUCAUAAUUUUAUGUAUCAUGGAGCUGCGUCUAGUACCUCUUCAGACUUGUCUCCCACCUCUGAUCAAAAGUCUCUACCACGAAGAGGAAAAGGCAACAGGAACCGAUGGAUAGGGGUGCCCACUCCAGGCGUGCGGCCGGCCCAAAGGGCGCCGACGCCCUCUUCCGGCCUGAGGCCGCACAACGUGGCCGAGACUCCUUUCUACCAAAGUCUGCGGCCGCCGCCCUACCCCUCCGAGCUGAGCGAAGCUGAAUGUGAUAUUGACACGCUGAAGAAGCUGAAACUGCGCGCCUCGUCGUCCCUGUGGUCGAGGCCAAGCGGCGCCAACGGCGCCCCCGAAGACUUCUCCAUAGCCGUUUGAGGACUGACCUGUGAUCCGAGUGCUGAAUAAGGACUGAUCGAGUUUGAAAUUGGGGGCGGCGUUUUUCUUCAUUUUAAAUGCAUACAUGUACUUUUGAGGCAGAUCAAAUCUAGCUCGCUACAGAUUUUGAUGCUCAAUAAACCACAAAACAACUUCUUCUGACUAUUUACAUGCAGGCGCUCGGAGAUGCUGAUUUUUCAUUGCACAUGGAGGUGUUAUUUUUUUUUCAAUAACUUUAAGGAAACGCAUACUCGCGCCGAAUUCCUCUUUUUCCAGUCUGCAUUUUAAUGAAAAACACCUCAAGAAGUAGUGAUUGGCCUAAGUUGCAAUAGAAAUCCCAAAGACAGAUGCUGUUGACGGAUAACUGAAAAAAAUUUUAAUGUUCAAUCCGAUCGAUCUCUCUGCCAAACUUUUUGAAACCUAGCAAGAGCAGGUCUCUUUUUCUACACUCACUUUAUAAAAUCAUUUAGCCAGUCGUUAUUUUACUGUUUCAAAACUAAAUGUGCAUGUUGGUGUCCUACUACUAAGUGUUCACAACUUAUACAAAAUUAUACAUUGCUGGGAAAACGAAUUAUUGCAUUGUGGGCAAGUCAUCAAGUGUGAAAAGACUAUGUAAUUGUAAGACAAAUAAAUUAAAAUUCAACA